AUGUCUCCAAUAUCAAUUCGUCAACCUGGUGAUGUUGUCAAUGAAAUUUAUUCACAAAAUAUUAAAUCUAUUAUUCAAAUGUGUCUUGAUGCUGGUGAUGAUCCAAGCUUACUUAUUGACGAAGUGAAAUAUGAACUUCAAAAAAUGGUUGCUGAAAUGAUGGCUGAAGAUGAUGCAUUACUUGAACGUAAACGUGCUGAACUUGCACCAAUUCGUACUCGUUAUGAAUCACUUUAUCAUGAAUUAUAUCCAGAUAAAACUUGUCCACAAUAUGGUAAUACUUUACCUGUUCUUCUAGCAUUACGUACUUAUGUUGAUGAACAUAACAAAUUAAAACAUGAACAUGAAAAAUUACUUGAACGUGAAAUAGAUAUUCGACGUGAAGAAAAACAAUUAUGUAAUGAAUUAAAUGAACAUUCAUUACAAAUAGAUAAUCAAAAUUUUAUGUCAAAACAAUUAAUUACACAAAUGAGUCUCUUAUCAGAACAUAUUACUGAAUUACGUGAAGAAAAAACAAAACGUAUUGCUCAUUUAACAGAAAUAAUUCGAACAUUACAUGAAUUUGAAGAAGUUUAUGGAUGGAAACGACCAACAAUUGAAACAAUGAUUAGUCGAUUAUUAACACUUGGACUAACUAAAAUUGAUCAAUUUACUUUAACAAAAGAAGCUUUAGAACUUGUUGAUAAAGAAUUUGCUCAAAUUACUGAACAAGUACAAAAAGCAGAAGCUUGUUUUGAACAAUCACAUAAACAAUUAACAACACUUAUGCGAAAACAUCAAUCAUUAAUUCCCAAUGAAAAAGCUUUAGCAGUAACUAAACAUAAACAAUGUCGAUUAUCAAAAUUACCUGACCUUAUUGCAGAAGUUGAUCGAUACACAGAACAUGCAAUUGACAAAUUAACAAAUGAUAUAUUAAAAGCGCGUGAACGUAUUCAUGUUAUACUCAAUAAACUUUCAUUUACUGAUGUUACUAAUGAUUCAAGAUAUGCUAUUUUAUAUACCAAUGAUUUUACGGAAGAUAUUUAUUUUAUGCAUGAAGAACUUUUACAAGAACUUGAAGCUCAAUAUGAAGUUAAUAAAUCAAUGUAUGAACAAAUUGAAAUAUGGAAUGAAUUUUUCCUUGAAUUUCAAGAAUUUGAAAAAAAUGCUAGUGAUCCGCAACGUUUUCAUCGUCGUGGUUAUAGUGCAUUAGCAGAAGAAAAAAAUCGUAAAAAAUUAGACGCAAAUUUACGUGAAUGUGAAUUACGACUUCAAAAUCUUGCCUAUGAUUUUAUGAAGAAGAAUAAUGGACAACCAUUUAUAAUGAGUGCAAAUGGAAAAGAAAUAGCUGAUUAUAUUCAACAACGAAAAGAUGAUUAUACUAAAGCUAAAGAACGUGAACGAGAAGCCGCUAAGACUCCAGCUUCCAAGAAAAAAGCUCGUACGGAUACAAUCAUACGCGUUCGUCCAGCUCCUCUACAGUCAGUACCUGGUUAUGAUGAAAAUAAUAACAACAGUGAAGAUAAUCAAUGUGCUACAACACUUUGCUCUGAUUCAUGUUCAACAAUACGCACACCUUUAAAAACUGUUCGUCGUGUUGCCAUUCCACAAUUACCAACUGGUAAAACUCCAUUACAUAAUUCCACAAUGAAAUUACGAACACAAAAAUUAUUACAAACAACUAAACGUACAAAUAUGGAUCAAACAUCAUCAACAAUUGUAACAUCAGUUAAACAACGUUGUAUUAUUAAUCAAAUUGUUGAUACAACUCAAAAUAUUUCAUCACAUAAUUUAAUAAUAGCAAAUACAUCUACAGGUUUUAAAGCUUCAACGAUGACAACACCAGGAAAACAUUCAGUAAUGAAACGGGGUAUUCCGACUCCAAUUCGUACUCAUAAACAAAAAUGA